AUGUGGAUGAAACAGAAUGGAAUCACGUUAGUUAGGGCCGAUAAGUCCAAGGCUAUGGUACUCAUGAAGCGCAAUACAUAUGACCAAUUGUUAUCGGAGCACAUUAAGAAUACCAGAUGCGACAUUGUGCAAAGGGAUACGGUGGAUAAGCUACAGAAUAGAGUUAAACGCUUCGCUACCACUAAACUGGCUAAGAGACUGGAAAUGAGAAAUAUUAUAGUCGAUGCGCCAGAUACACCGAAGUUGUUUGCUUUCACAAAAAUCCACAAAGUAGGACAGCAACUUCGUCCUGUUGUAGAUAAGGCCAGAGCUCCGACACAUAAAAUGGAGAAGUUCGUCCACAAGCUUAUCAUGCCCUACUUGGAAGAUUAUCCGUACAUGCUGAAGGACCCUGUGGACCUUAUAGAUACCCUCAAAAAGAUCACCGUAACACCUAAGUUUCUCACAGUAUUGGAUUUCAAGUCGCUGUUUCCAUCAAUCCUACUCCCUCCUGCCUUUUGCGCCAUCAGAGAUUUACUACUCUCUAUCCUAAACAAUAAUACUCUACACCAGCAAAUUUUUGAGAUGGCCCAUCUACUGUGUUACAAUUCCUUCUUCCAAUUCAAAGGUAGCGUGUACACGCAAGGAAGAGGAAUCCCUAUGGGUAGUCCGAUAUCUGGUGACUUGUGCGAGAUGGUGGUUAGAAUACUCGAAGCUAAAGUCCUCCCACACCACCUACACAACAUCAUUUUACAUAAGAGAUAUGUUGACGAUAUUAUCAUAUUGUGGAAAGAAAUUCCGGACAUCAAGGCUUUCGUCGACACAAUGAAUAAUAAUACGUAUGGAUUAACCAUAGAAAUAGAGCAAGCACACCAGACGAAUGUACACUUCCUAGAUAUUGACAUCAAGGUAGAGGAGUUGGUAAUCCACAUGGCGGUGUACCGUAAGUUAGGAACAAAAGGCAUAUACAUACCAGUAGGGUCAUGUGACCCACCGCAAUAUAAAGUGGCACCAUUUAAGGCCCUAAUUAAGAGAGCUCACACACACACUUCCACUGAGCGAGCCCUACAAGCAGAGCUAAGACUUACACAACGAAUAGCUGCUGAACACGGAUACGGCAAGCUUAUACGCAAGUUAUUGCAUGAAUAUCAAAACACAAAUCAAGACCUACCACAAAGAGAAGAGCGACAAGAUAUGGAUAAGAUCGUUCCAGUCAAUUAUAAUCCAUAUAUUAGACGGCUAUAUGGAGAAAUAGCUAGAAAGAACCACAUACGUAUAGCCUACAGAAGGUGCGCUUUGAUAUUCAACAUACUAACCAAUGGAAAAGAUCAACCUGAUAAAGAUAGGCUGUCAGGGGUCUACAGCAUACCAAUUAUAGAUCGCAGAUCGGAAGAAAUGGAUCAGGCAGAUAAAGAAUUGAAGGAAUCAUUAAAGAAACUUUGGCCAUUGCAAGGAGAGAAAGUAAUUAAUAAAUUAGUGCCAACAAAUGAAGGUAAUUUCUUUCAUUAA